AUGCACUUCAGGAGCAGCGCUCCCACUUUGCUGCUGCUGCUGCUGCUUUGUCAGCGGGAGGUGAGAGGCCAGGAGCCGGGGUACCUGCAGGAGGCUCUCAGGGCCUUGGAUCUGCCUCUUGGUACCAACGACGGGCCACGGCUACAAAAGAACCACAGCGGUAUCCUGAUCACCAAGCUCCUCCAGGAGGUGCACUGUGCAGAGCGGACUGGCACCUCUCAGGAUGUCUGUAACAAGUGUUUAACACCAGACGUAGUUCUCUCUGUGCUAGAGGAUGAUGGGAAGGCUUACCUCACUGAGGAAGACUACCAGAGGAUCUCCACAGUUCUUCUGUACUACAUCAUUAACCUUCAGGACCUGUGCGUUUCAAAUGCCGCGUCCCUUUCCUCGUCCUCCUCUACCUCACUUGGGAACUAUCAGUUCUACCUAUUGGCCCUCACCAAUCUGCACCCAGCUGAGGACAACCUCUACCUGUCAUCCAGAGAAACAGAAAGUAUUCUGCAGCUCAUUAACCUGCACUACGACUCCUCCAAUCAAGACGCCUCAUCUGAUUUGCAGUGUAUUGAUGCCGCUCACCUCCUUGACGAUGUUAACGCACAAGAAAAUCCAGGUGCUGAUGUAUCCUCUGUGCCCAAACUGGCUGCGUCCAUCAUCAGCCAUAUCCUGCAAGGCCAUUGCUUCAGACGGAGGAACCUCCCGUCUCCUGCUUUCUUUACCGACUACAUCUUUCAAUCCCUAAAUUGCACAAGUGACCUGCAGAAGAUAGAUUUAGAGGAUCUGCUUCAUCAGCUGGGAGUUGGACGUGAAGCAGCGUCACACUCUCACAACAGGAAGAGGCAGAGUUCACAGAAAGGGGUUGGGCCCCCGUCGGAUGGUUGCAACCAAGAAACUGGUGGAAUAAGCCGGGACUGGGCUCAGGUCUGUUAUUCAGCCAAUCAGCUGUUGGAUAUUUUUGCUCUGAAUCCUCAUUUGCCAAUUUCCAAGGAGCACUUCAGACAAAUGUGCCCUGCAAUCAUUCAGCAGUUGCUAGGCAAUGCCUGCGAGUCUACAGAGCAGAAAAGAAGAGGAUCUCCGCCCACUGCUCUUGAGAAGUACGGCUACAGCACGGCGGCCGUCCUGCUCAUCACGGUGGGCUCCAUGCUCGGUAUCUGCCUGAUCUUCUUCAACUCCUGCCAGGAAACGUACACGCUCAUCCUGCAGCUGUUUGUGGGCCUGGCGGUGGGAACCCUCUCAGGGGACGCUCUCCUGCAUCUCAUACCACAGAUCCUUGGCCUCCACGACUACACUCACAGUCAUGGUGACGAACACUUUACAGAAGAUAAAGAGUAUCUGUGGAGGAUUCUGGGCAUGAUCGGAGGGAUCUACGGCUUUUUCCUCAUUGAAAGAAUCUUUUCCUUUUUCAUGCCUUCUCAUGUUCAUGGUCAUAGUGACCUUCCCUUAGAGCUCAACUGCAACGGCCAGUCACAGAGGGGCAAGUCCAUCUCCACCAUACAGCUGGGACCGGUGGAUGACUUGGAGUGUGCAGAAGCAUCUCCUGAACACGUUGACACAAGGAGUGCUUCACAUCAGAGACAGGGGGUUCCUCUGCUGGCUGUGAUGGUAAUCGUGGGAGACAGCCUUCAUAACUUCGCCGAUGGCCUGGUCGUCGGGGCGGCCUUCUCUUCUUCAGCCGAGACCGGCAUGGCGACCACCGUGGCCAUCCUGUGCCACGAGAUCCCACACGAGAUGGGGGACUUUGCAGUGCUGUUGAGCUCUGGACUCUCAGUGAAGACUGCGAUGCUGAUGAACUUCCUCAGCGCUCUGACGGCCUUCCUGGGUCUCUACAUCGGACUUUUUGUCUCCUCAGAGAUGGAAGUGCAGCGGUGGAUCUUCGCCGUUACUGCUGGGAUUUUCCUCUAUUUGUCACUGGUUGAAAUGCUUCCAGAGAUGAAUCGAGUGAAGACAGACAGACCAUUCCUCCUGUUUCUCCUGCAGAACCUCGGUCUGUUGAUGGGUUGGGCCUGUCUUCUGCUCCUCGCACUAUUUGAACAUGAACUCAAAUUCUAA